AUGAAGGUAGCUUAGCUCAUCAAGCUGGUCUUUAUCCUGGCGACGCAGUUAUCAAAAUUAAUGAUGUUGAUGUCUUUACACUUAGACACAAAGAUGCUCAAGAUAUUGUUGUUAGAUCUGGAAACAAUUUCUCAAUGACAAUUCAAAGAGGUGGAUCAUUAUGGCGUCCACAUGUUACACCAACUGGUCAAUUACCAGCUCAUCAAAGUCAUUUGGGUAAUAAUGUUCAAACAGUGACGAGAACUUCUCUUGCUCACAAACAUCCUCAACCAGUUGAGCAUAUUGGUUGUGGCUACAAUAACGCAGCAAGACCAUUCAGUGCAGUUAAUGGCAGCGAUGGUCAACUUAAAAGCAUUGUCAACAAACAAUAUAACACCCCAGUUGGUAUUUAUAGUGAAGAAUCAAUUGCUGAAACUUUAACAGCUCAAGCUGAAGUUUUAGCUGGUGGUGUACUUGGGGUUAAUUUCAAAAAACAUGAAAAGGAAUACAAUCCAACCAAUUCAGAGGUAUUGAAAUUCCUAAAUGAAGAGCAAAGUGAACCACGUGAACCAGAGCCAUAUUCUCCGAUGAAUUUCUAUUGGACAGCAAGUCAUUGUAGAUCUCCUGGUGGACGAAUAAGAACACCAGUCAGUCAUUCAGCUACACCAGCACCAGCAAAUAAAACAGAAUCGGAUGAUCGAACUGGUACACCAACAAUACAACAAAAUAAGGAACAAAAAUCAUAUCAACAGCAACAAAAUCAGCAACCAAAACAACAGCCACAGCAACAAGUAAUACAACCGAAACCAAAAGCAAUACCAUAUUUUAUACAAAAACAUAUGCAACAAGCACAACCAGAUGUUGAUUUACCACCAAAAGAAAUAGCAGAAACUGAUUCAUCAUCAGGUCAAGCAGUAUGCUGUAGCUGUGGUACUCAUAUUACUGGUGUAUUCUGCCGCAUUAAGGAUAAAAAUCUUCAUGUUGAAUGCUUUAAAUGCGCCACCUGUGGUACAUCAUUGAAAAAUCAAGGAUAUUAUAAUUUCAACAAUAAAUUAUAUUGUGACAUUCAUGCUAAAGCAGCAGCUAUGAAAAAUCCACCACCCGGAACUGAGGGUUAUGUUCCAAUUCCAUUAAAACCAACACCAAAAUUGACUGCUGGUCAUAUUGCAAAUGCUUUAAAUGCUCAUGGUUAUAAUUUGCAAACAAAUGGAGCAACCCCAGCUUUAGUUACUGGAUCAGCUCCCCCAGCUGGUGGCAAUGUAAGCCAAGGUUAUGCACCACGACCAUUUAAUCAAGGUCAAUUGAGUCCACCAUCUGGUAGUCAAAGAUCACCAGGAUCUGGAGCACCAAGUUGGUCACAACCAAGACCAGCACCAAUUGUUGCACAAAGUCCAUAUGCAACAUUACCAAGAACUGGUUCCUCUCAAGGACGUCAUAGCUACAGUAGCCAUUCUAGUAGCAACGCUUAUAGUGCCAACAAAAGUCAUGUAACAUUUGGUCCAAAUACAUACUCCAGACCAGUACCAAUUCAAUCUGCUUAUAAUAAUGUUAAUAUCUACAAUAGAGGAGAGGGACAAACGCAAAAUGAAAUUCAGAUCCAGGAAGAACCUCAACCGAAAGUAAAACAUCCAGAUCACUUCGAAGACUUAGAAGUUGAAACUUUAAAUCAACCUCCAGUAAGUACACGUCCUUUCACGUGGCCACCGAAAGAAAGUGAAACACAGGAUAUGGCACCAACUGCAACUCCGAUAUACAUACCACCACCGGGAACACAACACGUACUUGUAAAAGAACAUCAAGAAGACGUGAUGAGAAAACAAGAAGAAGAAAUACAAAGACAACAAAUCGUAAAAGAAGAACAUAGACAAGUCCAGCGACAAGAACAACAACAGAAAACGGUACAAACACAACAAAAGACGCAAGAAUAUUACGAACAACAACAAUUAUCUCAACAAGAAAGCCGACAACAGCAACAGCAAGAGCAACAACAAUGGCAAGUUAGAUCAGCUCCUCAACUCAAUUCACAUUACCAUGUUGAAGUUGAAAGUGGUUCAGAUAGCUAUACAUCGACAUCUACAACAACAACUACAACAUCAGAAGAAUAUAAUAGAAUGUAUCAAGCGCAACUGCAAGCCUAUCAAAUGCAACAAAUGUAUGAUCAAUCUGGAUCUGAAUAUGAUUAUCACAUGGAAAUAGAUCAACAUAAUGUUCGACAAGAGCAAGAUCAUUGUUAUUCUAUGUCUUCUGAUAUUCAUAGCAUUCAAAGCGGAAGAAGAAGUGUUCAAGAAUGUGCAGAUAAUUUGCAAAGUACUCUUAGUAUGUACAAAUUAAUUGACAUGGUAAGGGAAGUAACACCUAGUCCGACUCCAAUGAACAAACCAAGGCGUGUUGAGUUCCUAGAUAGCGAAGAAACUUUAGAACAAAAAUCCAAAAAAGAAGAAACCUUGACUGUAAAUGAAACUGCUCAACAAACAACUGAAAAGAACGUUACAGAAGAGAAAGAACAAUCAAAACCAGGUGAAGAAGAACGUCGACAAUCCGUUGUUGAGGAAAUAAUUGUCCCUCAGAAGGUAUCCUCAGUGGGUUCUUCUGAAGAUACAGGCAGAAGAAUUAUAAUUACACCCAUUGAAGAAUCUACUGAAAGACUGUUUCCUCCAACACCGGAAAUAAAGGUUAUAUUUCCCCCGCCGCUAAUACUUCCUCCAUCAAAUAUUCCUAAUCCAGUGCCGAAAGAAUGGAUAAAUCCAAUGGUGAAAGCGCUUACAAUUGCUCCAGAUAAGCCUAUAGAAUUACAUCCUGGCCUCGACGAAUAUCUCUCAGACAUUCAGGAGGAGCAAUCAGCAGCUGAUUUAACUGCAGAGACAGAGCAAACUACAUCUUCAACACAACCCGCCGAAUACUAUUGCAGUACCGUUGAGUGUAAAUCUUCAAGUAAAAUUCCAGGUGAUACAAGCAAAUUAACGUGUAUAGAAAGCUGUCAAAAUGUGUGCUCAGGUACGUGCUCCGAACGAGCGGCAGAAGCUCCGUGCACAACUUGCCCCAUGUCAAAAGGAAAUAUAUGCUGUAAAAAAAAUCAAUCACAAAAUGAAACUAUUCAACAAAGUAUCUUAAAAGAAGAACCACCAAAAGGAUCGAAAAUAUCAAAAACAUUAACUAGCGUACCUGAAUAUAAAUUUCAAUUUGCACCUGCUGCUGGUGAAUAUAUUCCUCUACCAGAAGAGACAAAACCCUAUAUGCCGCCGCCUAUUGAUAUGACGCCCUACACAAAAGAAGAUUUUAGACCAAAAUCUCCAAUGCUUUCUGCUUUAAUAACAGCUCCAGAUGAACCCUAUAAACGUUUUGAAAGUGAUGUAUGUUCUCAACUUUUAGAUAUGCCAACAGUCAGCGAAAAACUAACUCUUUCUGAUGCCUUGAUCACGGCCCCAGAACGAGCUUACUCUCCUCUUUCAACUGACAAUAUUUUGAAGCUUGGCCUGGAUCAGCCUCCAACAAAGCCUGAGUAUAUUCAUCUCUCGUUAGAAGAACAAAAAGCUGAAACAGAACAAAAAGUUUUCGAAAAACGUCAAGAAAGUAUGGAUCGCAAAAUUUCAGCGUUUGUCUCUCUAGAUGAUCACUCGGUGAGGUCUGGAGCAUAUACGCCUUCGUUUACCAAUAAACCAGCGCCAAUAAUUCCAUAUUACCAGACACCAGAGAAACUAGUUUUCGAAGAAUGUUCAUCUGUUGAAGCCAGACCAUACGAUCGGAGGUCAGCUUCACCAUUCCCAGAUCGUACACAUUCACCAGCACCUGGUCCACCACCAAACCCAUUAAAAACAAUAGCAAUUCAUGCACCACGUAUUAAAGAAAAUACUUUGAAUGUGGUACCACGUAGCCCUAUGGGUGGUUCAAUAACAACCGGUCAGUCAUAUUUGGGUACACAGAUGGCUCAGCAACAACAAGAACAAAUAUUAUCACAUUAUCAAACGGGAAUGGAUUCAGGUUCACGUUCUCUUAUUGAUAAACCAGAAAUUAUACAAGAACGACAAAUUGGCGACCUACAUGUGCAAACAAAACAAAAAGAGAGCCAUUUACAAGAAGAGAAAAAGUCUGAACAGGAAACACAAACUAAGAGUCAAAUUGGUAAUAUGCAAAUUGAAAGGCGUAGGAAGGUUGUGGAAGAAUAUGAACACUCUCAAUCUGCUAAAACUGUUGAAAUACGUACACAAAGCCAAGGAGAAAAAAAGAACCAAUAUGGCAAAACCGGUUUUGUGGCAAAUCAAGCACGACGUCUAUCUGGUCUUGAAGAGGAAAUUUCCAGUCUUACUUCGCAAUCACAAGCAAUUAGCGCUCGAGCUGCUAAUCUUGGGGUUAGAUCUGAGACUAGAUUUCCCGAGACCAAAUCUCCAACCCCGUCCAAUGCUUUUCCAAUUAAACCAGUUCUUCCUCCACACGAUCAACCUAAAAUGCCAACAUAUAUCGUUCCUUCACCCUCUGAUAACAAACUGGCUGGGGCGCCUCCAGGGUUCGUUCACCGAUACGACCAAUUCAACCAACAAAUCCCAGACGCGACACAGUCGAAAUCUACUGCAUGUGCUGCAUCAUCAAUAUCCAAAAGAAGUCAAUCACUAACAACAUCUUCACUAACAUUUGGCCAAAAAUCUAAACUAAUGACGAGUGAUAUUCCUACCCUAACACCAACAGCACCUCAACAUUAUGUUGGUGGACCUCUAACAUCAAAUUUAAGUACCUCUUCUAUUGCUUCUAAUUCUAACACAAUCACAUCAUCUCUAACCAAUACUACUACAAGUAGGGAUACCCAAGAACAAAAUAUUUCAAAAUUUACUAGCAGCACUAAUACGUAUAGACCGACUGCAUCUACAGGUCCGGCUGGUUUUAAACCACCACCACCUGGUGCAAUUCAGGUUUUGCCACAUCCGCUACCAACUCCUUCAUCUGGUGUUACAACACCAAAGCAACAAUCAUCUGCUAGUCAUGAUACUAGACAAGUUAUUUUUCCACCUACUCCAGAGCAACUUAUUCAAGAUGACUUAUUUAAGACAAAGCAAACUGCUACUGCUGCUGCUGCUACUGCAAAUAGCACAUUUAAUACAACAUCAAUGCAAUCAGCUAUUGCAAGCUCUGCUUCUUUUGCUUCUAAUCAAACUACUAGCUCUAUUAAUUCAACAACAAAUAUUGAUACAAAAUCUGCUGCUGAUACAGGUGUCGGUGGAAAAUCUGGUGGAUCAUUUAGUGCUACAUCUGCUCCAAAACGUGGUCGGGGUAUUUUGAACAAAGCUGUUGGACCAGGAUCUCGUAUUCCACAAUGUGGUGCUUGUCAAACUCACAUCAGAGGACCAUUUAUUACUGCUUUGGGACGUAUCUGGUGCCCAGAUCACUUUAUGUGCGUUAAUGGAAGCUGUCGCCGUCCACUUCAAGAUAUUGGAUUUGUUGAAGAAAAAGGUGAUUUAUAUUGCGAAUUCUGUUUUGAAAAAUAUUUAGCACCAACUUGCAGCAAGUGUAAUGGAAAGAUUAAGGGUGAUUGCUUAAAUGCAAUUGGUAAACAUUUCCAUCCGGAAUGUUUCACUUGUGCCUAUUGCGGUAAAUUAUUUGGUAAUACACCAUUCUUCCUAGAAGAUGGUGAACCCUACUGUGAAGCCGAUUGGAAUGAAUUAUUUACAACAAAAUGUUUUGCAUGCGGUUUCCCAGUUGAAGCUGGUGAUAGAUGGGUUGAAGCCUUAAAUCAUAAUUAUCAUAGCCAAUGUUUCAAUUGCACAAUGUGCAAAAAGAACUUGGAAGGACAAAGUUUCUUCAAUAAAGGCGGUCGCCCAUUCUGCAAAAAUCAUGCGCGUUAAAUUUUGAUUUAAAAAUAUUUCUAAAAAUGCAUACAUAAAUUAUAAUAUUUCGAUUUCUUUGAAUUUAUUUUAUCAAAAUUUUUAAAUAAUUUCAUAAAUUUUAUAUUCUUUUAAUUUUUUUUUU